AUGGAGAGGAAGAAGGUCGGCUCGCCACGUUGGACCAAACUGAACUUUGACCUUUACGAAUCCACGACGUACGACGCCAAGAAGAUGAUCGACGGCGUUCUGUACGAGAUGAGGGUCUUCGCGGUCAACGGGAUCGGCAUGUCCCAGCCCAGCGCCUCCUCACCGCCGUUCAUGCCCAUCGCCCCCACCAGUGAGCCCACCCGUCUGCAGGUGGACGAUGUGACCGACUCCACCUGUUCUCUGAAGUGGCGCCAACCGGAGAAGAUCGGCGCCGGAGGAAUCCAGGGAUACUUCAUCGAGUACUGCGUGGACGGAAGUGACCAGUGGGUGCAGGCGAACGAGGUGCCCGUGGAGAAGACCCAGUACCGUGUGAGGGAGCUUCCUGUGGGGGAGAAGAUGCAGUUCCGGGUGGUGGCGGUGAACCCGGCCGGACGCAGCCCCCCCGCCGUCCUGGGCCAGGCCGUCACCAUCCGGGAGAUCGUGGAGACGCCGAAGAUCCGUGUGCCUCGUCAUCUUCGCUCCAAACUCAUCACUCGAGUGGGAGAGAAGGUCAACAUCGUCAUCCCCUUCCAGGGGAAGCCUCGGCCUGUGGUGACUUGGUUCAAAGAUGGGGCCCCCCUUGAGGACCGGUCUGUGGGGAUCCGCACCAGUGACGCAGACUCCAUCCUCUUCAUCCGCUCGUCUGAGCGAGAACACUCUGGGGUCUAUACCCUCAGGGUUCAGAUCGAAGACACGGUGGCCAGCGCGGAUAUUCACAUCCAGGUCGUAGACAUACCCGGCCCCCCGGUGGCCGUGCAGGUCACCGACGUCUGGGGCUUCAACGCCGCUCUCGAGUGGAAACCGCCCAAAGACAACGGCAACUGUGACAUCAUCGGAUACACGGUGCAGAAGGCCGACAUGAAGACCAAGGAGUGGUUCACGGUGUACGAGCACAGCCGCAGACCGAGCUGCACCGUGUCAGACCUGGUGAUGGGAAACCAGUUUUCCUUCAGAGUCUACAGUGAGAACCUGUGCGGUCUGAGCCAGGACCCGGGACUCAGCAAGAACACGGCCUCCAUCUCCAAAGCAGGUUUGGAUUUCAGUCCUCGUCCGUACAAAGAGAUGGACCUGAGCCACUCGCCCAAGUUCACAGCGCCCCUAGUGGACAGGAAGGUGGUGGCAGGCUACACCACGGCCAUCAGCUGUGCCGUGCGCGGGUUCCCUCGGGUGAGACGCACACACAGUUGUCAUGGAAACCAGGUCCUCUACUACUGUGGCACUACCGGAGCAGUCCUGGACUAG